GCGAGAGCUAGCUCACAGCGUCUCGGGCAGCAUCUCUGUGGUGCAGGAGCACGUGACCGGGCAUGGGGAACUGCCAGGCGGCGGACGCGGCGGCCGUGGUGAUCCAGCACCCGGGCGACGGCAAGGUGGAGCGCCUCCACUGGCCGACCACCGCGGCGGACGUCAUGCGCAGGAACCCCGGCCACUACGUCGCGCUCGUCGUCCUGCAUCACGUCGACGCCGAGCCCGACCCGGCCGUCGCCGGAGAAAGAGGAGGUGCCAGGGUAACCAAGAUCAAGCUCCUCAAGCCAAAAGACACGCUCCUCCUCGGCCAGGUCUACCGCCUCAUCACCUCCCAAGAGGUGACCAAGGCCGUUCAGACGAGGAAGCAGGAGAGGAUGCGCGGUUGCGACGAGGCGAUCGAGCAGGAGUGGCCGCGGCUGCACUGGCGGCGGCAACCGCCGAGGCCGAGGGGCGACAACGCAGCCACAGCAGCAGCCAACGGAGAACAGAGGCAGCCCGCCGAGCACCAGGAACGGAAGCGGCUGGAGAAGGACCGGCACCACCGGAGCAUGGCCGCCGCCCGCGGCAGAGGCCGGCACUGGCGACCGGCGUUGCAGAGCAUUACAGAGUCGUCGUCCAGCGGACACGCCGACUGCGAGGAUAUACUACUAUCCAAAUGAACUAGAAAAGUAGAAGAAGGUUUUUGGGGAGCUAGAAAUGUAGGUACAUUAGGCGAUCUGAAUGUAUCAAUCGGCUUCUGUCCCGUUUGAAUCCGUUUUGGUGAUACAGUAGCAUGCAUCGCCCGCUCAUUUUUUUUUUGGGGUGAAGAUUACCUCUUCCUGCCGUCCGCUCCGGCAAUCCAGCUCCGGUGGGAGAGAGACGACAAUGGUGCGUCGAUGGCUCGUUCUGGUGGCAGUAGUGGUCGUUCCGUGGUCUCGGAAUCUCGAUGUAAUUUUUAUUAUGUUUGAAAUGUUUUGUGCUUCCAAUGAACUUUUAUAAUAGCCUUUUCCGCAGAAAUUAAUAAAUCUAAAUUAGGUGAGAGAUGAAGGAGAGAGGCUGAGCACUUAGGCAGUUUUCAGUUUUGACCAUGGUUGUGGAUAGUCUCAGUUUUCCAGAUUAGUGAGGAUGAAGAAGAGAGGCUGAGCACUUGGGCAGUUUUCAGUUCUAACCAUUUCAAAUUUGAUGGCAUAUAAGGACACGGAUACAUUUCUGAGGGAGGUCAUAAUGAAUGAAA